GGGCUGAGCCCGGCCAUGGCCCAGCAGGAGCCGGCUGAGCUCGGGGCUGCGGCCGCCGGCCCGGAGCUGGCGGCGGGGAGCGGCCCCGUGCAGAUCCGAGUGGCCGUCCAGGCAGCCGCGGAGGAGGAAGAGGACGAGGACGAGGAGGAGGAGAGGGGCGGCGGAGCGCUGUGCCCCAGCUGCAGCGAGGAGGACUCGGGGCGGUGCGGGCGCUCCAGUGGUGGGGAAAAUGAUGACGACUCUGAGCAGAACUGGAAACCACCAGAAAAUGACCUGAUCCAGAAAUUAAUAGCACAGAUUGAAUAUUACUUCUCAGAUGAGAACCUUGAGAAAGACGCCUUCCUCCUGAAACAUGUGAGAAGAAACAAGAUGGGCUAUGUCAGUGUUAAACUCCUCACUUCUUUUAAGAAGGUGAAACACCUGACCCGUGACUGGAGAACCACGGCCUACGCACUGAAGUACUCGGGCACUCUUGAGCUCAACGGUGACAACAAAAAGGUUCGAAGGAAGACUCCAGUUCCACUGUUUCCAAGUGAAAACGUCCCUACCAGGAUGCUGCUGGUGUAUGACAUCCACAUGAUUUCUGAGCUGCAGGCUCUCAAUAAGCAAGAAAACGGAUGCAUGCAAGAAAGGAUAAUGGAGCAUCUCCUCAAAGCCUUUGUAACUUUUGGUGUCAUUUCAUCAGUUCGUAUUCUCAAGCCUGGCAGGGACCUACCACCUGAUAUCAGGAGGGUCAGCAACCGGUACACCCAGCUGGGAACUCAGGAAUGUGCAAUUAUAGAAUUUGAAGAAGUAGAUGCUGCCAUACGUGCUCAUGAUUCAAUGUGCACCGAAAAGAGAGAGACUGGCAUGAAAGUUGUCCUCAUAGGAAUGAAACCGCCAAAGAAAAAAGUUCCCAAAGACAAGAACCACGAUGAAGAUUCCAGCAAGAGUCUUAAGAAGACUCGAUCCCUUAAUAAGAGAGUGGAGGAACUUCAGUUUGUUGGUGAUGAAUCUUCGGCAAACAGCUCUUCUGACCCAGAGAGCAAUCCCACAUCCCCACUGUCAGGGCGCAAACGUACUGCAGCAAACACUGCGAGUAAUUUGAGCCCCAUCAUUCAUCCAAAUAACCAUUUGAGUCCUAAUGUGUCACCCAGAUCAAGUCCUUGGAACAGUCCAUCUUCACUGAGGAAAGUAACAAAAAAAUCUCCGCUGGCUGAAGACAGUAAACUUAACCCAAGCACCAGCCCUGAAAUUCCACGGAAGUGUACAGAUUAUUCCUCGGAUAGCAGCAUCACCCCUUCUGGGAGCCCCUGGGUACAAAGAAGGAAAGCCCAAACUCUCACACAAGAGAAGAGUUCCAGCAGCAGUCCCAUGUUGGUUAGGAAAAUACAAAAUGCAGACGGUCUCCCUGUAGGGGUACUGAGGCUGCCUAAAGGUCCUGAUGGCACCAAGGGAUUCCACAAUGGCUGUGAAAGAAGGAAGGCUAUGAAGAAACAUGUGAGGUUGGAAGGCAUCUCUGGAGAUUGCCCAGUCCACCUCCUUGUCUCAAGCUACAAGAAGUCACUGAGCAGUUUGAGCAUCUGUGAAGACAGAGACUUCCCUGCCUGUUCGGGUGAUAUGUUUCCAUGUACAACCACAAAAGUGUUUCUUUACAUUCAGGUGCAAUUUCUAUGUUCCAGUUUGUGCCCCUUUUCCCGUUACUGGGUAUUGCUGAGAAGGGCCUAGUUCCGUGUUCUUUACUGCUUCCCAUCAGGUGUUUAAAAACACUGAUGAGAUCUGGCCCCAGAGCCCUCUCCUCUCCAGUCUGACCUGCUCUCUAGGCCUCACAGGAUGGACGUGCCAGCCUUUUAAUCAGCUGAAUCGCUUCGCUAGUGCACUGCCCUUACCUGCAUCCAUUCCUUUAAUGUAUUAUUUUGAAAUGCCUAAACAUCCAAACAGACCUAUAAAUCAUUCAUGUACUACAUCACUUGCAGAGUUGGGAUCCUGAAGAGCAGUGUGUAAAUACUUACAGUUUAGUGGCUGCAUUAUGAGAAGGGUGGUAUGUUACCAGUCUCAUCAUAAGGAGCUGAGGUUUUGAAGACUUUCUGUGUUUGCCUCAAAAGGAACUGAGAAAGUUACACCACAGCGAGCAGUUGUUCUCAUGUACAUUGCCAAAGCAGUAUUUUUUAGUAGGACCAGUGUGUAUUUUCAUGUGAUGUGAGUAAAGACUGAGCAUUGGAGACUGCUCUGUAAGUGUUCUCUCAUAUAAUCAGAUGGAAAUAAACAAAAAUAUUAACUCA